AUGAGGGCAAGUACAAAAAUAUCCUCCAAAAGGGUUACAUUAACAUCCGAAUUAGCAAAUCGUUCGUUAUCUUUAGCCUAAAUCUAUCAUGGUAUUAUUGUUGAAAUAAUUGUUAAGUUGGAAAAGGGAAGAGAGAGAGAGUUGAUUUCUUAAAGGAUUCAAAUAAGUUGAAGUUUUCUUUAUAGACUUAUGCUUUCAAGAAUUCAUCUCAUCCAUCUAAUAUUUUUGAUGAUAGGUAGAUUGUGAAUAAUAAUUUAUUUAAGGGGAUCCGACUAGAGUGACGAUUCAUUUUAUUUGAGCAGUGAAAAUAUCUCAGAGGAUUCUAUUCUUUCGGUUCAUGUAGUUGAUAAAUACAAUAAAAAUGAUGAGGGUUCUUCUUUUAAGCAGUCAAAUAAUAGUUAAAGUAAACGCGAAAUCGAUCAGCACAAAAGCCAAAUUUAAAUGGAUGGGAUGAAUUAUUAAUAAAAUAAAAAUGAAGGAGAAGUCUAAUUGUAAAAGAUUAUAAAAAAAUAUUAAAAGUAAAUGUAAAGAAAUCCUUUGUAAGAUCCAUAUUAUGUUCAAUUAAAAAUAUUGAGAGGAUACGAAAGACUUAAAUUUGAAUUAACAGUAUGAGUUCUAACUUAAUUAGCGCUAUCACGACAAAAAUAGAUUUUUGUAAAUGAGAAAAAGGAUAGUAUUUAUAUUUUACAUAUUUCCAAUAAUAAUAAAGGGAUUGGUAAAAUCGAUCUAUUUUAAAUUGUUUAUGACGACAUUGAUCAUCUUCAACGUUGCCUUAUUUAUAUAUGUUAAGACCAACAAUAGAAAAGACACAGAUCAAAUUGAACAAGUGAUAACAGUGUUCUUUUUGAUUGAGGUAAGCUUUAGAAUUAUUGCCUCAGGGGUAAUUUUGAAUAGAAAAAGCUUUUUUAGAAGUCCAUUAAACGUAUACGAUUUUACAUUAGUUGUUCUUACAACCUUAAAUUUAUACAAACCUGAUGUAAUAAUCCUGGAUCUAUCUCCAUUAAGAAUGAUCACCUUAUUAAAUUAUUUGGGGGAUGUGUUGAAAGGUCUAUCAGUAAUGCUUAAGGCAUUGAUAUCAUCAUUGAAGUUCCUUUUAGAAGCCUUGAUAAUUGUGGGUUUAUUUUCAUUAUUCUUUGGGAUAUUUGGGGUGCUACUCUUUUAGAAUUUAUUUAAUUACAGAUGUUAAUACGAGAAUGGAGAUGAAACCGAAGGGUGGAUCUAAUGCAAUGAGAAUUAGUGUCCGGAAGGUAUGAAGUGUUCAUAUUCUGAGUUCACACCAAAACCACCAACUUCAUUUAAUAAUAUUAUUUAUUCAUUAGGACAGAUUUUGAGAACAAUAACUAUGGAUGAUUGGAGUUGGGUGAUGUUUUUCACGAUGAGAAUAUUCAAUCCUUGGAUAUGGAUCUAUUAUUUGUUGAUCAUCUUUGUGGGUGGAUUUUUUGGAUUCAAUUUAGUUAUAGCUGUUUUAAAAACUCAUUAUGCAGAAGUAGCAUAAGAAACUGUGGAAGAGGAGAUUAAAUAAUAAAUGAUGGCUAGGUUGAAGGAGAAGUAGGAAAAUCCAGAGAGAGAUUUGAUUUAGAUCUUUGAUGUCGCUGUUCUAAAACAUAUUGGAAUUUAUAAGGCUUUCUUGAGUUAUAAAAAAUAAUUGACUAAUCCAUUGUAUCAAUCAUAAUCUCAUCCCAUUGAGGAAUUGAAUUAGGAAAAUAUUAAAUUAAAAGUAAGGACCUUAUCUGGCAGAUAGAAGACCAAUGAGAAAGUAUUAUUAUUAAUUAUUAUUUAAGAAUAGAAAUCAGAAAGGAUUUUAAGCUUACUUGGAUCAAUUUAGUUUGAAAUAUUUACUAUUGCCUAGAUUUCAAUAUUUGGAUAAAUUCAAACAAAUGAUUAAAGUAUCUAAUUACACUGAUGAUCCUUUGGAAAUGAAAUUAAUUUCUAGAUUAUUGGAGAAUCAGUUCUCGUAGCUCUCUCCACAUCCAAAUUAUGAUAUUUUUCAAAAUUUCAGUAGUGAAGAUGAUGUUUUGUUGGCUUUCAUGUAAAUUUCAUAUUUCAUUUAAGUGAAAAAGAAAAACAAAGGAAAAUAGUUGAUCAAAACUAAUUGAUCAAAUAAUGCAGAUAGAUUAAAUUUAAAUAAGUUUAUUCUCUAACAAAGGUGCCAAAGUAAACCAUGACUUCAUCGAAAGCAUUAAUCCCAAUUAAAUCAGCUAGAAGAAAAAUAAAAACUACUUAGAUCGAUUAGACGAAUGAUGAGAUUGCAUUAAAACAUCUUAAUGUCAAUAGAGAAGCAUCUAUUUAAGUGAAAAUGAAUAAUUUUAAACAUUGUUAAACCCAAAGUAGUUUUCCUUUCUCAGUAGUGAGUAAGAAGAAAAUUUAUGUUAUGAUAUAAGAAUAAUAUAUUGAUUAUGAAGCAGUAUGCGAAAAAAUUAAUACUAAAAUACCAAUAAUGAUAGAUAAUUCUACUACUAAUGAAUUUAAAUAUAGACUAUUAAGAACGAAAGAAUUAAAAAAAGGAAUGAUAGAAAAAAAGAAUUGGUCUGGGAGUGAUGUAUUACUUUUAGACAUUUUGAGAGCAAAUGAAUUCAAUGAAAUAAAAUAAAAAUUGAAUUAUCAAGAUUAGCAAAUUUGGUUGACCGGAUUAAAAGGAAAGAUUACUACUGCAAAGAAAUAUUCUUAUAUUUUAAUCAGCAGUAGAUUUAGUUAAUUCUUUUUUGAUUUGGUAAUCUUAUUCAAUUUUACUUUUUUGUCCUUAUAAGGUAUAGUGAAUCCUGGAUUGAUAUCACAGGUAGAAGAUAUCACAACCAUUCUAUUAUGUUUUGAACAAUCAUUUAAAUUGUUCUCUUAUCCAUAUAGAGAAUUGCUCAAUUAUCCAAGUUAAGUUCUUCAGUUGUUCAUUAUCAUUUUAAAUUUUAUUGAACUAACUCUAGGCGAUUAAAUAACUAAUUCAAAUCUCUAAACUUAAAAAUUGAUUAGAGGAACCAAAUGCCUUUUAUUCUAUAGAUGUUUAAGAUAUAAUAAAAUGGCGAGUAAGAUAGGACAAAUUGCAUCAAAAACAUUUGAAUCUUAUAUAUAUUUGACAGUUUUGAUGUUGAUGGUGAUUUUCAUAUAUGCAUUGAUAGGCAUGGAAAUGUACUCAGGUUAAUUUGAUUAGUUAGACACAUUGGGAUAAUUACAUUCCUUUGAUAAUAUCCUGAAAUCAUUUAUGACAAUUUUCAAUAUUAUGACAAAUGAUGAUUGGUAUGGAGUCUACGUGAUGGGAGGAGAUAUUAAUUAUACAUUUUCAGUCAUCUAUUCAUAUUCUAUGGUCAUAAUACUCAAUUAUUGUACAUAUGGAUUAGUUUUUGCCAUAUUGUUAGAUGGUUUUGGGAAAUAUUUAGGAAGUUAGGAGGAAGAAAUUAUGGAGAAAGAUGAAAUGUAAAAUCAAUAAAUAAGUGCCAAUUCUGAAUAGCACGAAAUUACAUAUGAUGAAACUAUUGCGAAUACAAAUUAGUUGCAAUCCAAAACUCAAAAGAUUAGUUUGAUAUCUCACUUACUUGUGUCCAUCAAAUCAUCUUAUAAAAGUAUUCAAACAAAGCAUUAGUCAAUUUAUGAAGGCAUUGAAUGUCAAUAGUCACUUUAUAUCUUCGAUAAAUCCAAUAUAUUAAGAAUUGUAAUUACUAAAGUUGUCAUUAAAAUUUAUUAUCAAUAUUUCAUAGAUUUUGUUAUCUACAGUUCGAUCAUAAUAUUUAUUAUUAAGACGUACAAUGAUUUCGAAACAAAUUCAUCCGAUAUACCAGAUAAUUUGCAAUUUAUUGCAAAUCUAAUUAUAUUGACUGAUUUCAUUUUUAAUGUAAUUGCUAAAGGCCUAGUUUUAGAUGCUGGCUCUUUUUUAACAAAUACUUGGCAAGUUAUAGAUGUAAUCUAUAUAAUAGCAAAUCUUAUAAAAUAUUAAUUAAGUAAUCAAAUUAUAAAGGUUUUGUUAUUUAUGGGGUACUUUCGACCAAUGAAAUUAAUGUAUAGGAUUAAGUGGUUAUCAUAAUUAAGGGCAGCAUUGGGCCAAGCUCUGUUGGACAUCUUAAAUGUAUUUAUUACUCUUUUAUCUGUUUGGUUAAUCUUUGGUGUUUAUGGUAUCAUAUUGUAUGAAAAGCAAUUUGGAUAUUGCGAAGACAAAAUGUCGUUUUACGUAUCCUAUGAUGAUUGCAUAGAAUCUAAUAAAACAUGGGUGAAUUAUAAACAUAAUUUUGAUAAUAUCACAGUUGCAAUUCCUACUUUGUUUACUAUAUCAACUUUUGAUGGAUGGGGAGAGAUCUUAUAAGUAGCUGAGAAUAGUUAAACUUCGAAUACUGGACCGAUUCCAUUCAAUAGUUAUUUUUAUACUUACUUAUAUUUGAUAAUCUUCUGUUUUAUAGGAUCUAUGUUUUUUUUGAGUUUGUUCACUGGGAUUCUUUUCAAUAGUUUGAAAGAAAACUAAUUCAAAAUGGAAAAUAGUCAGUAUACUCAAGUUUAAAGGGAAUUUAUGAAAAUUACUAAUAUCUUAAUGUCAGACUUCCCAUUAUAUUCUGCCCCUCCAAAGAGUAGAGUUAGAAAGGUUUCAAGUAAGGUUGUAAACAAUAUCCACAUUCAAUACUUUGUUUACGGUUGCUUAAUAUUAGAUUUAAUAAUUUUAUUGCUAUUUAAUUCAGAAAUGAGUGAUCACUAUUUUGAUAUUGCCAAUACUAUGCAUAAUUCACUUACCAUCUUAUACUUAAUUUGGAUAAUAUUAUUAUUUUUGGCUUUAGGUGUCAACAGAUAUUUUGAUAAUUAUUGGAGAAGGUUCUAUCUAUUCUUAGUUGUAAUUGGAUUAGCAGAUCUUAUUGCUAAUUCUAUAACAAGUUGGACCCAUCUAUAAUUUAGAUCGCAUCCUGGUGAUGAUUAUUAUCAAUUAUUGAGAUUGUUCUUCAGUCUUAGGAGUUUAAGAAUUAUCUUAAUCUUUCAAGGUUUAAUCAAUAUCUAAAGAUUACUCAGAGUGAUGGUAUUUGCCAUGCCUUAUUUGGUGAAGAUAUUUACAAUCCUUAUUAUUACAAUGGUAAUUUUUGCCCUUUUUGGUUGUUAACUUUAUGGUAGGAUAGAUUCAGGGUAAGUGAUGGACGAUAUCAUUAACUUUACUAAUUUUGGGAAUGCCAUGUUAGCCUUAUUUAAAUGUGCUUCAGGUGACGAUUGGAGAACAAUAAUGACUGAUACUAUGCAGCAUAAUCCAUUAUGUCAGGAAGAUGACAAAUAUUGUGGAUCUGCUGCCAAUUAAUUAUUUUUUAUACUCUUUAUGUUAUUGUCCAAUUAUGUUCUAUUAAAUUUAUUUGUCUUAGGAUUAAUAGAGUAAUUUGAAUAGUUUUUUCAAAUGUAAAACUCGCAAAUUCAAACUUAUGUUGAGAACAUCGACAAAAUUAAAAAUACAUGGUGCAAGUACUCCCAAGAAACUUAAGGGUUGUCUAUGCAUUUUAAAUUCCUCUGUAAAUUUUUAAUUGAUAUUGGAUAACCUUUGGGAGUAGAUAAGGAUUCUAACUUAUGGGAUGCUUGUAAAUUAUCAUCUUAACUAAAAUUAUAAAGGUAUUACAUAAUAUUAUAGCUAGUGACAUCCAUGGAUACAUUCAAUAUAAUUUCUUGAUGUAUGAAUUGUUUAGGAGAUGCUUUUAUAAUGAAGUGUUUAAAUCCGGAAGCCAAGAGUCUAUUGCACAGAUAAAGAAGUUUAAUAAGGAGUCAUAAUUCAGAUUAAUGUAUUAUAGAAAAAAUAAAAAUCUGCCUCGUUCCAAUAUUAGUCCUUCAGCUACAAUUCAGCCUAACAUCAAUCUUCUUCAUGAUUAUUUAAAUGUUUUAAUCUUAUUUAAAACAUGGGAAUAAUUUAGCUAAUAACUAAUUGAGAAGGUGAAUUAGGAUCAAGACUAUUUUACUGAUUAAAGUGUAACAAUUCCAGGAAAAAUACAAAAUGAGUAAUAAACAUCUCCAUUAUUUUAGUUAUCAAUAAAGUUAGAAUCACAUCCUGUAAAAUAAUUUAGAAAGUGAGUUGGAAAAUGAAAUUAGUAGUAAUGCAUCUGUCAGUAGACAUAGUGUAUCCAUCAACAGUCAAAUUAAUAGAUAUAAUGAUUUGCCAAUCUAUAAGGGCAGCUAUGACACGUCGUUGUAGAGUGAGAACAGAGAUUUCCCAUAUUUCAUCAAAGUCAAUAAGCAAAAUGAAUUGGAUGAAUGA